CAGGGACGCGCAGAGCCGCCUAGGUUUGCUCGGAGCUCAUCUUGGAAGAGCAGGACUUUCUAUUCUGUGGUCCGGCUCUCCGGCCCAGACCCGGAGGUCGUCCAGCCCACUCCAACCACUCUCAUCUGUCCCCAUCCCGCCCCCAUGGCUUCUCCGGAGGACCCUCUGCGCCCAGAUCACAUGACAAAGGAGCCAGUGGAGGACACAGACCCUAGCACUUUAUCCUUUAACACGUCAGACAAAUAUCCCAUUCAAGAUACAGGACUCCCUAAAGCUGAGGAGUGUAAUACAGUUCUUCUGAACUGCCCGCCAAGCUCUGAUGAGCAGCAUCAGGGAGAAGAAAAUGGCUUUCCAGACAGCACUGGAGAUCCCCUUUCAGAUGUCAGCAACGACAAGUCCUGUCAUGAAAACUGUACUUGUUCCUCCUGCUCACAUCGGGCCCCCACUAUCAGUGACUUACUUAAUGAUCAGGAUGUACUAGAUGUGAUCAGGAUAAAGCUAGAUCCAUGUCACCCAACAGUGAAAAACUGGAGGAAUUUUGCAAGCAAAUGGGGCAUGCCUUAUGAUGAAUUGUGUUUCCUGGAGCAGCGGCCACAGAGCCCCACCUUGGAGUUCUUGCUCCGGAACAGUCAGAGGACGGUGGGCCAGCUGAUGGAUCUCUGCAGGCUCUACCACAGGGCCGACGUGGAGAAGGUUCUGCGCAGGUGGGUGGACGAGGAGUGGCCCAAGCGGGAACGAGGAGACCAUCCCAGGCACUUCUAGAUCCCUCUUCUUCCUUCAUUGGCCUUUUCAGAUGCUGAAACAACCCCAGGUCAAAGAGGAAUGUGAAAUCUGGUUUUUUUUGGUUUUUUUUUUUUUUUGAGUGUAAGAUAAGGACCUGUUGCCAUGGAUGUUGGUUUUCCCCAAAGCUGAUGUUUUUUGUGGAAGGGUAGGUUUUGUUUUGGUGGUGGAUGUAUGUUUCUUGGAUUUUGCACAUGUGUUUUAAUUUAAUAUUUGAAUCUGGAAUUGGGAAAAAAAAUUUUUUUUAAAGUUCCUGUAGCAGCUGAAGUCUGCAAUCAGAAUGGAUUCAUACAACAAUGAAAAUGGAGGUGUCCUCUCCCUUAAAUACUGCUGAAGUUUUCCAUGGGACCUGAGUUGUUGAUGAUGCUGAGCAUACAAUCGCCAUCACACCAAGAUCCAUAGUGACCAGUGGCUUUCCCACUGAAGAAAAUAGCAAUGAGAAGUUACCCUGUUUCGUUAGCCUGUUACUUUUUUGUCAUCUUCAAGUGAAUUCAAAAGGAUGCUGCAUGAUAUGACAUCAUCUUACAGAAUGGCACUGCCAUCUUUUUAAUCCAAAUAAUGUUUAUAAUUUGUGAAGUAGCAACAAUGUCACUUGCUCAAAUAUCUUUAAAAGAAGCACAAGAAGUGAUGGUUACUUGGACAAUGGAUUUGGAAAUUAGUAGGUCAAGGGAAUGAUGUUUGACAGAGUAUUGCAAAUGCCCUUUUGUUACUCAUCCUUUUAUUAUUUAAUAUUUAAUUUCUAUUUCUAUAUGUGGCUAAGUAUUUCACCCCCUGAAACUCAGUUAAUCGGUAAAUAAUGAUCACCUGUCCACUGCUUCUAGCACUUACUAUCCCAGCUACAACAUGACCCAAUAGCACCACCCAGCGACCUCGUCAAUAUCGAGCUAGGAGAGUCUUAUUGUGGAUACUAGGAAGGAAGGUAUGUAUUGAAAUCCUAAUUUUAAACACUUUUAAGCAAAAUGAGAAAUUUAUUUUAAAAAUAUCUAAUGCUCUUAUUUAAUAGUUUUAGAGAAAGAGAAAAAGUGGGCAUAGGAGAGUUUGUUAUUAUAAAGGCAAGAUUUUCUAUGUUCUUUGAGGAAAAAGAAGCAAAGCCUUGCUUUUGGUGAUACUUUCAUGAAAUAUUAUAUGAUUUUAGCUGUGAGCUUAGAAGAGUGUGGCACUUGGAGAUUCUGCGCAAGGCCUUGAUUAAAAUAAGGGAAGCCAAUGACCAACCCUGAUUAAAUAUGAAGUAACCAUAAGAACCCUAAGAAUUAGCUCAAUUCAGUCAACGUUGCCACCAAAUAUAAACUGUAAAGUAGUAAAAUCUACUAGAAGCUUACUCAUCACUUAUGAUUUGGCAUUAAUCACACCCACGUCAUCUUUCAUUGGCUGAUCUAGUCUGUCAUCAAAAGUACUUAACCAGCAGCCAAAAUAAAGUGUAUUGAUCUUUAGAAAUAAAUUUCUUGGCCAGUUGGCGUUCACUGUGGCAACUUCUGAACAGGCAUUGUCAGUCAUGUUCCAGGCACCAUAUGGGAUCUGUUUGGGGCGUUUUUGUCUUCUGUGACCUUAAUUGGAUAGGUCACAGCUCACUAAGCUGCCUAUGACCUGCUCUCACUCACUGUCCUCAGUUCAUUGUGAACAAAAUGUUGGAAGGCUUUUGACACUUGAGGGAAAUAGUAACCGUGUGCAUUGUGAUUAUUUGGCAAAUUUUGUAGUACCAGACCCCCAGUGCUAUUCAGCGGCCAUACCCCCUUGUAUCCUGCCACCCCAGGGAUGUAAGAAGCAGGUCCUAGGCCAAAAAAAAUCUUAGUUACUGCCCACCUAGGUGCUUCCGGAAAGUUCCUUCCCUCCCCCAUCUCCAUCCAGGCAGACAUGUCACACCAGCAGAACGCAGGGCAGCUCAGUCUGUGACCACCAUGGACGUGGUGAUGGAGUUGGUGGCUGAGGAGAGGGAGAGGAGGAGAGAGGGGGAAAACUCCUUCUGUUCCCUGUCCUCAACCCCCUCCCUCCUCCUCCUCCUACUUUGGGGCUUCCAUUCUUCCCAAACCAGGAAGAAGGAAGAGCAGGUGGGAUGGGCCCCCAGUCCCCCAGACGUUAUCCCCAUAGGGAGAGGAGGAGAUUUGUCGUGUCCUCAGAGACUUCUUGCCUGAGACUGACAGGUGCAAAAGGUGCUGCAGGAAGAAGGGGUGUCCUGAGAAGACUUGGAGUGAGACAGCCCCCAUCCCCUCCCCACUCCUGCUGCCCACGGCCUUCUCUGCUUCAGCCCGGUCCCCAGCUCAGCAGGAGUCAUGCUCUGUUCAGAACCACAGGGCCACGCUGAGUGGCUUGGAACAGUUGCCAAGGAGGUGUCCUUCAAAAUUCCCUGUGUGGGGUGCUUCAGCAGUAACACUGGACAGUUUGAAAUAUUACUAGCAUUCCAGAUUCAAUGGAACUUCAAAUGAAAAAUUCCUCAUGGAAGCGUUCCUCGUGUGCGGCCAAUCGGGUUUGGUGGAACCCAAGUUCAGCCUCACGGAUGUCUGAAGUGAAAGCCCUUGGUGAUCUGCCUUUGGGGAAACUGGUUCAUCGCUGGACUGCUUCUAUGUGGGCCUAGUUCCAAGAUUUCAACCUCAGACUUCAGUCUCAAAACUGACUUUAAACUGAACUUAUCGUCAUAUAUGUCUCGAACACAGCUGUUGUUCCUAAAUGUUGGUAGAAUGCGCAUCUCAAGUUUGAUGAAAAAUGUCAAGCAGAAGAACACUCACUCUUAUGGAAUGAAGUGUUGCCCAGUGAAAGAAUAAAA